AUGACGAGGCCACAAACCCUACACCAGUAUGUGCCCACCUGCACAUCACAGCCCACCCUACACCAGUAUGUGCCCACCUGCACAUCACAGCCCACCCUACACCAGUAUGUGCCCACCUGCACAUCACAGCCCACCCUACACCAGUAUGUGCCCACCUGCACAUCACAGCCCACCCUACACCAGUAUGUGCCCACCUGCACAUCACAGCCCACCCUACACCAGUAUGUGCCCACCUGCACAUCACAGCACAUCCUACACCAGUAUGUGCCCACCUGCACAUCACAGCCCACCCUACACCAGUAUGUGCCCACCUGCACAUCACAGCCCACCCUACACCAGUAUGUGCCCACCUGCACAUCACAGCCCACCCUACACCAGUAUGUGCCCACCUGCACAUCACAGCCCACCCUACACCAGCAAGCAUGUGCCCACCUGCACAUCACAGCCCACCCUACACCAGCAAGCAUGUGCCCACCUGCACAUCACAGCUCACCCUACACCAGCAAACAUGUGCCCACCUGCACAUCACAGCUCACCCUACACCAGCAAACAUGUGCCCACCUGCACAUCACAGCCCACCCUACACCAGCAAGCAUGUGCCCACCUGCACAUCACAGCCCACCCUACACCAGCAAGCAUGUGCCCACCUCCACAUCACAGCCCACCCUACACCAGCAAGCAUGUGCCCACCUGCACAUCACAGCCCACCCUACACCAGCAAGCAUGUGCCCACCUGCACAUCACAGCUCACCCUACACCAGCAAACAUGUGCCCACCUGCACAUCACAGCCCACCCUACACCAGCAAGCAUGUGCCCACCUGCACAUCACAGCCCACCCUACACCAGCAAGCAUGUGCCCACCUGCACAUCACAGCCCACCCUACACCAGCAAGCAUGUGCCCACCUGCACAUCACAGCCCACCCUACACCAGCAAACAUGUGCCCACCUGCACAUCACAGCCCACCCUACACCAGCAAGCAUGUGCCCACCUGCACAUCACAGCCCACCCUACACCAGCAAGCAUGUGCCCACCUGCACAUCACAGCUCACCCUACACCAGCAAGCAUGUGCCCACCUGCACAUCACAGCUCACCCUACACCAGCAAGCAUGUGCCCACCUGCACAUCACAGCUCACCCUACACCAGCAAGCAUGUGCCCACCUGCACAUCACAGCUCACCCUACACCAGCAAGCAUGUGCCCACCUGCACAUCACAGCCCACCCUACACCAGCAAGCAUGUGCCCACCUGCACAUCACAGCCCACCCUACACCAGCAAGCAUGUGCCCACCUGCACAUCACAGCCCACCCUACACCAGCAAGCAUGUGCCCACCUGCACAUCACAGCCCACCCUACACCAGCAAGCAUGUGCCCACCUGCACAUCACAGCCCACCCUACACCAGCAAGCAUGUGCCCACCUGCACAUCACAGCUCACCCUACACCAGCAAACAUGUGCCCACCUGCACAUCACAGCUCACCCUACACCAGCAAACAUGUGCCCACCUGCACAUCACAGCUCACCCUACACCAGUAUGUGCCCACCUGCACAUCACAGCUCACCCUACACCAGCAAACAUGUUCCCACCUGCACAUCACAGCCCACCCUACACCAGCAAGCAUGUGCCCACCUGCACAUCACAGCCCACCCUACACCAGUAUAUGCCCACCUGCACAUCACAGCCCACCCUACACCAGCAAGCAUGUGCCCACCUGCACAUCACAGCUCACCCUACACCAGCAAGCAUGUGCCCACCUGCACAUCACAGCUCACCCUACACCAGCAAGCAUGUGCCCACCUGCACAUCACAGCUCACCCUACACCAGCAAGCAUGUGCCCACCUGCACAUCACAGCUCACCCUACACCAGCAAGCAUGUGCCCACCUGCACAUCACAGCUCACCCUACACCAGCAAACAUGUGCCCACCUGCACAUCACAGCUCACCCUACACCAGUAUGUGCCCACCUGCACAUCACAGCUCACCCUACACCAGCAAACAUGUGGCCCCCUGCACAUCACAGCACAUCCUUCUGUUUAGAUAGUACUUACAAUAACGAUGUGGACCAUCCUACAUAUACUGACACAAUGCCGAAGUAG